UUGAGCAGUAACCAUAUGAGAGGAGCAGGCAGAGCCCUCAACGGUCUAGAGGUGUGGAUAUGAUGCCCCCACAGAGUACGUACAGCGACGCCCUUAGCUUGCCUCCAUGCCUGCAAAAACGCGGUCUUGUCGCGAGGUAAAAACGUUCUCGCAAAUAUUGCAGUUCUGAGGGGAAGUAUAGCUUUGUUUGUAGCUCUUUGAAAGCGGUUUUUCGUGGAGAGUUGUGCCGAUGACAAGAAUGGUCGAGUUUUCCAAGCAUGCCCCCCUUGUUUGUAGACUUGAAAGCAAGAUGUCAGGUGUGCAGACAGCGGGUAGAAGCAGCUGCUUCUGUUCAGACGCAAACAAAAUAAUGCCAUCGUCCCCCUAACUAACCACACUAUUAACAGCAGUUGUCCGAUUUCAAGUAGGCUUCAAAGUUAUGGUGUACUUCCUGGAAUACUCGUAGUGAAAGCGUCUUAAGGUAUGUAUCAAUUAAAUACAUAAGAACGUUGUUUCUACGGAUUUAAAUAAUUUAUUAUUCCAAUGUCAUCAUUCCGCCAAGCUUACUCAUGUAUAUACAUCUCCAUGAUACCCUUGUCCAACGACGCGGAAAUUAUACAUUUGAUUGAGGACCAUGUUUAAGAAAAUGCUGGGAGACCUUGUGGACUCUGUUCUAAAGAAUUAAAACCGGUGCAUCAAGCUGGCUUAACAAGUUCUGUAUGGAACUUCUCGUCAACAUCAUAGGUCAAAACAAAGCAGGCGUCUCGGCGAUGUGUGUCCUAAAUUAUCCUUCCCCGGAAACGCGAAUAUACAGAAGAGGUCCGGUACCAAAGUCAACUUUUCAAACUGGCAAAAAUCUAAUCUCCUAACCUUUAUGCAAACUUUCCCCUUUGUUGGGAACGUCAUCGGUUCAAGGCGAGAUGAGAAGGUGCUUCCCUUCGAACAUAGGAAAAGAAAGCACUAUUUGAAAUGAAUUCGACACCACUUUUCCACCCAACGUCAUUGCGUGACGUGGAGUAUUGCUGACAUCUGGCGUCUCUAGCGUGAAACUACAAUUGUCGAAGAUGGACUACAACAAGCGCCAUUUUAUGGAAGUAAGGCUGAAUCCGAAUUCAUUGCUCAUUGCUCAACCCUACCCCUCAUUGCUCAACCCUAACUCUAACUUUUAAGCCGACCCCCUACCCCUACCCAGUGGUGGGCCGUCAGUAGAGAAGGCCCUGCUGGCCCUGUCAAAAUCUAAAUCAUAUAUAUACAUAUAUAUAUAUUUAUUUAUUUUCAAAAUGACAUUAAUUUGUGUCUGAACGCAUCUUAAUUCCAUAUUUUUUUCAGUUCUUACAACAUAAUUCCAGAGGCCCCAGGGCCCACCAAUAUGCCGGCGCUGGCCCCCGGUGACAUCAUCAGCAAAUUUUGAAUCGUUGGCGGUAGUGACAGAGUUGAUAGUGAAGUGAACUACUAUGGCCACUGCCUUCACAUCACCUAGCGAUCCUGUUUCUGAUCUCCUUUGUUUGCCUUAUUCAAGGCGAUCGUUUGGAGAGAAGACAGAUUUAAUUUCAAGAGGAAGACCUACAUCGAAGCUGGAUGGGCUGACUCAGGCCGGUAAAGGUUUUGUGCGGCACUUUACAGAGUGCAACUACAGCCGCUAUGACUGGCUAACGGCUAGCACCGUUAAGAACAACCUAUUCGUGCCGUGUUUGCUGCUCAACAUCAGUGAGGGGACAUGGAACAGCGCCUGAUUUAGCAGUCUUAACAGCUUCACCAAGGCAGCUUUAAAAGAUCAGGUCAUGGGUGAUGGGUGAGUUUUUCUUUGCACUUUGUAGGAGAGAUAAUGUUGUUGUGGUACUUUAGUUUAUAACGCAUUUUUUGUAAUGGUUGGAAACAUAAAUAUAUUGCUGGAAUUUGGGCAGUAGGCUUGAUGGUAAUGCUGUGUGGCGAUGCCAUUUAAUAAGCAUAUUAAAUUAACCCGUUCACUACUACUCCUGUUAGCAUAAUAUUCUGGGUGGAAUAGCUGUUGUAAAAUAUGUGGCAUGAAGGCCUACUUGUAUGUUUCAUUUUUGUUAAUGAACUGGCGUUGCACUUGUAAUGUUGUCGCUAUAGAGCUCGUAAGUCGCCAUUGCUCAUGGGACCUAUGAGACCGAAAAAAAAUGAAUGGGAGUCAAUGGAGAGAAAGUAAUUAUUUUCUGAUCCCAGUCAUUAAAUGCCUUGGAUUACACAUAUGUUUUGUGUGGGUCUAAAUAAAAAAAAAUCACGUAAAGAGUUUGACUGUAUAUUGUAUGAUUAUUCAGCUAAAGGCUGUGGAAAAGACCCAACGAAAAAGACUACACGUUGCAUAUGUGACGUCACAUCAAUACACAUUCCCUCCACUUCUCAACUCACAGUGCUAAUGCUGCGUACCACGGUACCACGGUCUACUGAGCCAUCAAAUCAAGAUGCCUGUGUGUUUUGCACCAGAAUGUCACCAUUCAACUGAGAUGGGCUGUUCUUUUUUUAGAUUACCGUCUGACAUUAAAACCAGGAAUCACUGGAUAAAACGUAUCCGGUAAGCGAUGUGUGUGAAUUUCGGCGGCAGCAACAAUUGGCGGCAACUAACAUUAACUUAAUGAAGUUUAGUCUUAAUUGCCAUUAUUCCAGUACAUCCAUACCCUUAUUAUUUUUAGUUUGAUAAAAAUGUAUAUAUGUAUAUAUAUGUAUUAUAUAUAAUAUUACUUGUUAGUGCUAAUAGCACAAUAAAAAAGUGCUGCUUGAAUUAUUUUAAUUUCAAUGAAAACCCUUAACCAAGUCCUCCUGUAUGAAGGUAUUAUUGUAGCAAAAGUCUUUAGCACCUGUAACUGCAGAAUUUGAAUGCAUACACUAAAGUCACAGUAAAUUUGAAGUCGUAUAUAUUUAUUUUGCAUGUACUCUAAAGUCACAAAUGUGUAACAGUACAUUUGUAGUCUUAAAAAAUAAAUAAUAUAUUUUUUAUACCAUUGUAAACACAAAAUAGGGUCUACGAGUACGCAAAUCUGUGUUACAGGUGCACAAAUCCUUUUGCUACAAUUAUUGCAGCGCAGUUGGUGCAAAACACAUUCGCACACCCGUGUUUCAUAAUCUGAGAACAUGCCCGAAAAGAUGUGCAUUCGUAAACCCAAAUUUGAACUAAUGCAUCAGAAGUUGCACAUCUGUGAAAAAUGUCCUCACAAAUAAAAUGAUAAAGAACGCUAUGUAUACUUGCCUUUUCUCUCCAAAGUUCUUGAGAAGAUAGUGGCAACUCAACUCCAGGAUCACCUGAAGGCCAAUGAUCUCUUUGAGCCAUUCCAAUCUGGAUUCCGUCCUAUGCAUAGUACUGAAACGGCCAUGAUCAAGAUUACUAAUGAUCUCCUCUGUGCAGCUGAUGAUAGACUUAUCUCCAUUCUGAUUCUCCUUGAUCUCAGUGCAGCCUUCGACAUUAUCUCUCACCAUCUUCUGCUGGAACGUCUAGCUAAUAUCGGAGUGUGUGGCAGUGCUCACCAGUGGUUCACCUAGGGCUGGGCGAUUUUUCGAUUUUGAUUUUAAUCGCGAUUUAAUUUUUUUCUACGGUUUUAAAUGAGACGUUCGAUUAGCCGACGCCUUCAAAAAAAAUAAAAUAUUAAAAUAUUAAAAUAGCAAUUAAAUGAUAGUACUGCCCAGGAGGAGAUUGUUGAAAAGAAGGGUCUGAGAAGUUCGGCUGCUUGGAGGUACUUUGGGUAUUUGAAGUCGGACGAACAACAGCGUAAUACACUGUGCAAAAUAUGUAGAAGGAACGUAGCUACUAAAACAGGAAACACCAGCAAUUUGUUUCAGCAUUUAAGACAAUGCCACCCACUAGAGCACGCACAGUUAUGCAAGACAGGUAAUGCCCCCUCCUCCAGCACCAGUAAAAGGAAGCCAUAUCAACAGACCAUAAUGUCCGCUCUUUCCAGCAUCGCGCCGUAUGAAAAAACAUCGAAACGACACAAAGACGUUACACACGCAAUCACACAAUUCCUCGCAAAAGGCAUGCUGCCAAUACGCACUGUCGAAAAGGAAGAAUUUAAAAACCUAAUGAGAGUGAUUGACCCUCGUUAUCAACUCCCAGGGCGCAAACACUUCUCGCAGACAGCAAUCCCACAACUGUAUGCGGAGUGCAGAGGGAUGGUUGAGAGGGACCUGCGGGCUGUGGCAUACUUCGCCACCACAUCGGACUUGUGGUCAAGUCGAACUUCCGAACCAUAUUUGAGCCUCACUGCUCAUUAUUUUGACCAAGACUGGGCUAUGAAGAGCAAAUGCCUCCAAACGGCAUACUUUCCUGAAGACCAUACUGCCGAGGCAAUUGCAUCAGGGCUGACAGAAUCGCUUGGUUCGUGGGGGCUAAGUGAAAGCAAACAAGUUUGCAUUACCACAGAUAGUGGAGCAAAUAUAGUAAAAGCAACCACCCUCAACAACUGGACUCGCCUACAGUGUUUUGGGCACCGACUUCACUCAGCUGUUGAGAAAGCCGGAAAGCACAAGAAAGUGGAGCGUGCUGUGGGUGUGUGUAAGAAAGCAGUGGCUGCCUUCAGCUAUUCGUGGAAGAAGAAGAGAGAUCUGGCUGUUGCUCAAGAAGAGCUUCAUCUACCCCAGCACAAGUUAGUGACUGAGUCACCCACUAGGUGGGGUUCAUGUCAGAAGAUGGUGGAGAGGAUGCUGGAGCAGCAGAAAGCUAUCGCUCAGGUCUUGGGAGCAGACAAAAAGACGAGACAACUGGUUCCUACAUGGCAAGACCUAGAUGUCCUGGAAUCUGUCAAUGGGGCCCUGAAUCCACUACUGGAAUUCACUGAUGCACUCUCCAGUGAAAAUUAUGUGUCAUACCUCAAGCCGAUGCUGCAACUUUUCAGAACACAGAUUCUCAAGCCAUCCGACGAUGAAACACAGCUCACCAAAGAAUUGAAGAUGACAGUCAUGUCAUACCUGGAUGAAAAGUAUGCCGAUCCGAACACUGAGGAACUACUGGAUGUUGCAACUUUGGUAGAUCCGCGUUUCAAGACACAAUACAUUAAGCCAGAAAACAUUCAUGCCAUCAAAAUGAGAGCAGUGUCUGAGAUGUUGGAGGACUGCUCCACUUCAGUCAGAACAGAGGAAGCAGAGGCAGGAGAUGCUGCAGUACCCCCUCCCCUGAAGACACAAAAAAAGUCAUUGGGCAGCUUCUUUAAGAAACCAGAAUCCAGCCCAGCACUCAAUGACAGACAGAGUGUUGAGCGGGAACUCGAAAACUACUUGACAGCAGCAGAUGCAGACAGUGAGAUGGACCCACUGCAAUGGUGGAAGGUGAAUGAAAGGAACUUCCCAAGACUUGGCGGCCUUGCAAAGCACUAUUUGUGCAUCCCUGCAACCAGCACACCCUCCGAGAGGGUAUUUAGCACAGGGGAGAACAUUGUGACCUGCCACAGGGCAGCUUUAAAACCUGAGAUGGUGGAUACACUUGUCUUCCUUGCUCGCAACUUGUGAGAAACAGUAUUGCAAAAUAUUUUGUUUCAUUGCAGCACAAGUUAAAUGCACUUCAUGUUUUUCGUUGUUUUUUAAAGCUGCUAGAAUUUGUUCUGUGA